CGUGGCCAGGCAUCAGUGUUAGCUUGCACAGGCUCUAGAGAAGUACAGAAACCGACAGCCCCCCUAAAAAACCAACACAAAAUGUCUCUUGAACGUGCCGUUCGUGCCAAGAUUGCCGGCAAGCGCAAUCCCGAGAUGGACAAGGAGGCCCAGGGUUGGGUGGAGUCCAUCAUUGGUGAGAAGUUCCCCGCCGGCCAGGCCUACGAGGAUGUGCUCAAGGACGGCCAGGUGCUGUGCAAGCUGAUCAACAUCCUGUCGCCCAAUUCCGUGCCCAAGGUGAACUCCUCCGGCGGCCAGUUCAAGUUCAUGGAGAACAUCAACAACUUCCAGAAGGCCCUCAAGGAGUACGGCGUGCCCGAUAUCGAUGUCUUCCAGACCGUCGAUCUCUACGAGAAGAAGGACAUUGCCAAUGUCACCAACACCAUCUUCGCCCUCGGCCGUGCUACCUACAAGCACGCCGACUUCAAGGGUCCCUUCCUGGGCCCCAAGCCCGCCGACGAGUGCAAGCGCGACUUCACCGACGAGCAGCUGAAGGCCGGCCAGACCAUUGUCGGUCUCCAGGCUGGCUCCAACAAGGGUGCCACCCAGGCCGGCCAGAACCUUGGCGCUGGCCGCAAAAUCUUGCUCGGCAAGUAAGCGGUUGCUUUUCUUUUUGCGAACGGAAGCAGGAUGAUGAUGGACGAACGAUACGAUAGAUGCCCCACCAUCUGUCUAUCUGUCUUUGGUUUUUUUCUACACAAUAUAUAUCUAUAUGUAUGCUAGGUUUACAAGAAAACACACACA